AUGCAAGAAUCCACAGUUGUAAUUGUUGGUGGUGGUCCUUCUGGUCUAGCAAUCUCAGCUUUACUGAACCAAAACUCAAUCUCUCAUAUUAUUCUUGAGAAAGAAGAUUGUAAUGCUUCUCUUUGGAGAAAAAAUGCUUAUGAUCGUUUAAACCUCCAUUUAGCUAGUGAAUUUUGCUCUUUACCUCUCAUGUCUCAUCCAACCUCGAGUCCAACAUACUUAACCAAAGAUCAAUUUCUUCAAUACAUAGAUCAAUAUGUCGAUCAUUUUGACAUAAAACCUCGUUAUUAUCGUGUUGUUGAGUCUGCUACGUAUGAUGAAGUUAGGAACAAAUGGAUUAUUGAGGCCAAAAACACCUUUGAAGGUACAUUAGAAGUUUAUGGGGCAAAAUUUCUUGUGAUUGCCUCAGGUGAAAAUAGUGAAGCUUUUAUUCCUAAUGUACCUGGAUUAGGAAAAUUUGAAGGAGAGGUGGUACACUCUAAGUACUACAAAUCUGGUUCAAAAUACAAAUCAAAAGAUGUUUUGGUUGUUGGGUGUGGUAACUCAGGAAUGGAGAUUGCAUAUGAUCUCCAUAAUUUGGGUGCUAACACUUCUAUUGUCAUUCGAAAUCCGCUUCAUGUCUUCACCAGAGAUAUGAUUCGUACAGGGAUGCAUUUGGUGCAAUAUUUUCCGGUUUGGAUUGCAGAUACAUUCAUCACUCUUCAAGCUAAGCUAACAUAUGGUGAUCUGUCCAAAUACGGAAUUUAUCGUCCGAAAGAUGGACCUUUAUAUCUCAAAAAUAUUACAGGAAAAUCUGCCGUUAUUGAUGUUGGAACCGUUGAAAAGAUUAAAGAAGGAGCUAUAAAGGUUAUUUCUUCGGGUAUAAAAGAAAUUAAGAAGAAAAAUGUUAUUUUUGAAAACAACGUGGAGAAAGAGUUUGAUGUCAUUGUUUUUGCUACCGGCUACAAAAGCGUAGCUAAUGGAUGGUUAAAGGAUUACAAAUAUGCUCUUAAUGAAAAAGGCUUCCCUAAAAAUCCUUUUCCAAAACAUUGGAAGGGAGAUCGUGGAUUAUACUGUGCAGGACUAGCAAAGAAAGGUUUGUUUGGUGUCAAAAAAGAUGCCGAAGCAAUUGCAGAAGACAUCAACCGAACUCUUAAGUUAGAGAAUUAA